AUUUUUUGUAAACAAACUCAUCUCAGCUUAUCAAACAUUUCAAUAAAAUCAUGGAAAUUCUGCAUUUCCCAAGACACCAUCGAGCUGAAACCGGCAAUCUAAAGUGCGAAUUCUGUUCGCAGAUAUUCCAAAUGUUUGCAGAUAAAAAUGCGCAUAUUUUGAGUCACUUUUCGAAGGAAAAUUGCAUGAAAUGUGAUCAAGAUUUAAUUCGUAUCGGCGAAAAUUUAUAUGUAUUACACAGUACAGUUACGUGUAUAGCAUCAAAACCUAAGCGAAAAAAGAAAAAGAAAUCAAAAGAGCUGAAAAAAAAUCUGGAUGCCGACCGAAAAUCUGAAAAUACUGAAUUUAGUGCGUAUGAUGAGCAAAAUAGUUGUAGUUUGGGAGAUUUUGAAGUAAUGCUAGACACAGAAGAAUCAGUAAAUCCACUGAUUGGACCUGAAAACGUAGAGGUGAAUGUUGUGAUUGAAAAAGAAAACGAAGAAAUUGAUGAAAAACAGAAUGAAAUAGCAAAACCAGUCGAUGAAAAAAAUCGAAACGAAAAGAUUCAAUCUAGAAUGUGUUUGUCUGUGGAAAAGCAGAAAAGAAAACGGAAUGAGAAGAGCAACGAUAUAUUUUUCAAGUGUGAAUACGAUGGAUGUGACAAAUUGAUUCGAAAGAGUAACAAACGGCAGCACAUGACAACGCACACAGAUGAGCGAUUUGAAUGUGAUAUAUGCCAUAGUUCAUUGGCGUCGAAAAAUGGACUGAGAGCGCAUUUCUAUCUGCAUUUCCCGAAAAAAGAGCUGAAGUGCACGAUUUGUGGUUUGACGUACAGAAGUGAAUCGAGUCUAAGUCAACAUGUCCGGUUCGUGCACAAUAAGGAGCCAAAACGGUUCAUUUGUAAUGUUUGUGGAAGAGCAUUGAGAAAGAGUCAUUUGUUGAAGGAACACAUUAACAAGCAUAACGGGGAAAAACCUUUCGAUUGCCCGUAUGAUGGCUGCGAAAAGCGAUUCUACACAAAGACACACAGAAAAGAGCAUUUGCGAAGUCACACUGGCGAACGACCGUAUAAAUGCUCGAUGGAAGGAUGCUACCGUCAAUUUGCCUACGCAAUCGACUUUAAACGACACAAAUUCAAAGCUCAUGGUAUUUACGCAAAUAAAUUCCCGUGCCCGAUUUGCUCCAAGAUCUUCCCUGAGAAUAUGCUGCUCAAAAAACACCUAAAAUCACACGAAAUCAACUAUUCUUAACGUAGACUUUGUAUGCGAACGGAAUAUGAAUAUUCAAAAUAAAUGUGAAAGCUAUAUUUUAAACGAAUCGUUCUUUUAUUCAUGAAAACAAAGUGAAAAGUUCUGUUGUUUGGUCGGGAAGAAAGCAUUCUACAUCAAUUAA